AUGCCUCUGCCUCUUCUUGCUGAAGGCGCUUCCCGCGGCCUUUCGGGCAUUCCUUAUGGAUAUACCGCGCUGAAAACAGCAGCGGGUCUUAUCGCGGUAACGGCAUUAAAACGAUACUUUGGGGGAGCCAGGAAUGUGGCAGAUCGAGUAAUGCACUCCAAGGUGGUUAUGGUUACGGGCGGGACAUCUGGCAUUGGUGCGGCAGUCGUAAAGGAUCUUGCAACUCGGGGUGCUCAAGUGAUAUUACUUACGCAACACUCUCCCUCUGACCCAUUUAUUGUCGAUUACAUUGAGGAUCUUCGUACGUCAACUGGCAACGAACUCAUAUACGCUGAACAAGUAGACCUUGCGUCGCUCUAUUCCAUCCGACUGUUUGCGACAAAAUGGAUCGAUAACAGCCCGGUGCGGCGGCUUGAUAUGGUUGUCCUUUGCGCGAAUACUCAAAAGCCAUCCUCCUCUCGGGCGUCUUACGGAACAAGCGAGGGGCUACAGGAGGAAUGGCAGAUAAACUACCUUGCAAACUAUCAUUUACUGAGCAUUUUGAGCCCCGCUCUACGAGCACAACCGCCCGACCGCGAUGUACGAAUUAUAUUCACCACCUGCUCGAGCUAUAUCGGCGCCAAUAAGCUAGACUUGAAGAUUUUAGAAAAAGCAACCGUUGCCCAGCCUCCUAGCAAAUCAUCGACGGGAGCAGCAGCGAACAAAAAGAUCAAAAAUGGGCCUGAAGCGCUGGUAACAAGCAGCAGCAUGUAUGCGACAUCUAAGCUUGCGUUAAUGAUAUUUGCACGCUCAUUCCAACAACAUUUAACUUAUACCCCACGAACCGACAAACAAAACAACCCUCUCCCGCCACCGCCCGCUCGCGUUUUGGUUGUCGACCCGGGAUUUUGCAGAACACCCGGAACCCGUCGAUGGCUAAGCGGAGGGUCCUUAUGGGGUCUUUUGUUUUAUCUCAUAACCUGGCCAGUAUGGUGGCUUGUACUCAAAUCAUCUGACCAAGGUGCACAGAGCAUUCUUAUGGCUGCAAUGGAGGCCAACUUUAGUGGCGUGGGAAUUACGGCUGUCAUUAGUCUUGAUGAGGUCAAGAAUAUGGCUGGUGAAAAUAGUGACAUGACUGGCCGUAAAAAGGUUGGGAUCGAAGGCGGAACCCUCUUGAAAGAAUGCAAAGAACGCCAGAUUCUCCGAAGUGAAAUAAUGGAUGAGAAAGUGGGUAAAGAGCUGUGGGAGUUUAGCCAGCGGCAGAUUGAGCACAAGGAAAAAGAAGCCGCUCUUCUCAGGGCAAUGGAGAAGAAAGCGAAGGCAGAAGAAGAAAAGGGGAAGGAGAAGGAGAAAAAGUCACCCUCUUCAAAAGAGAAUGAGAAGCCAGCAGAGGCAAAGAAAAAGAAAUGA